AAGUGAGGAUCCCGGAGCCCCGCCCACCUUGUGUGCUCUGGAUCCCGGAGCCCCGCCCACCCUGGUUGCUCAGCGUCCUGCCGCCCCGCACCGUUAUCUGCACCUGCUGAGCCCGGAGCUGUAUUCCUCACUGCCCGGCUAUAGCGCGGAGAUCCUGGGAAGUGCGGGCUGGAGGUUUCUGGGCACACCGAUCCCACACUGAAUGAUGGGAGGGCACCCAGACUGGCAGCGCUAAUCACAAACAGGACGGCGACGCUGCUACUGCCCCGGAGACAAGGGGGGCACCGAGCCUGGCAGGGUCUGUCACUGGAGAGGGGGCACAGAGGGAGCACCUACCCACUAUAGAACCUGAUCCUAGAAGACUGUGCACCUACCCCCUGCAGGACCUGAUCACCCAGGACUGGGCACCUACCCCCUGCAGGACCUGAUCACCCAGGACUGGGCACCUAUCCCCCUGCAGGACUUGAUCACCCAGGACUGGGCACCUACCCCCUGCAGGACCUGAUCACCCAGGACUGGGCAGCUACCCCCUGCAGGACCUGAUCACCCAGGACUGGGCACCUGCACCCUAAAGGACCUGAUCACCCAGGACUGGGCACCUGUACCCUACAGGACCUGAUCACCCAGGACUGGGCCCCCAUACAGGACCUGAUCACCCAGGACUGGGCACCCACCCCCCACAGGACCUGAUCACCCAGGACUGGGCACCCACCCCCCACAGGACCUGAUCACCCAGGACUGGGCACCCACCCCCCACAGGACCUGAUCACUCAGGACUGGGCACCAACCCCCAAAAGGACCAGAUCCCCAAGUCUGCCCUCCUACAAUAUUCAAUCAUUGAGGACUGGGCACAUAGAGGACUCCUAGCGGAUCUGAUCAUAUGGACUGGGCACACACUGGGCAUCUAUCCAUACAGGAUCUGAUUAUUAAGGGCUCAACAGCACAUAGGGGGCAUCUCCUCCUUCUCCACCCCCCACCCCCCCCCCUCCUUCAAACAGUAUCUGAUCAUAGGGGACUGGGAAUCAACUCCCUGCAAGAUCUGGUCACAGGGUAUCUACUCUGCUAAGGGGACUGGGCACAUAGUGGACAUCCAUCCCUAUACAAGAUCUGGGCAUCUACCCCCUGUAGGAUCUAGUCCAAGAGGACUAGACAUCUUCUUCUUGCAGGAUUCCUUCUCAGAAGACUGGGCAUCUAAUCACACAGGAUCCGGCAUCUACCCUCUGUAGGAUCUGAUUAUAGAGGACUGGGUACACACUGGGCAUCUACCCUCUGUAGGAUCUGAUUAUAGAGGACUGGGCAUCUACCCUGGAAAAAAGCUGACAAAAACCAGAGAGCUCUGCUGGGAUUAUUACCCUUAUUGUCUACUACAGACAGAGGUACCUCCUAUGGAUGGUACCACUAAAUGGCAGAGAAGAUCUUGUACCCCUAAAUGAAAGAGAAUAUAGCUCUGGCACAGCCUGGCGAAGGCUCUCAAUAAUCCCUUACCCCUGGUGGAGUCUGUGGACAAUUAAUUACUGAUCAGCAAUUUUUCCUGCUGGAGGUUUUUGGAGAGUAAUCAUCACCCGGAAGAGUCUGGCAGUUGCCCCUGCAGGAGACGGGGGAAUUUUCGGAAUUGCUCAUGGCUGGAAGCUCUCUGCCAAUGACAUAUGCCAUUGCUGUGGUUUGCUGACAAGGGGUUCCACCCCAGUUUGUAUAUCAGAUUGGGGGAGCCUGCCUCUGGAAACCUCUGCUGCCCUGUUUAUGCCGAACCACCUUCUCCCUUGAACCUCUGAACGGACUGCAAUGACACUGAGGGCAUGAGGAGAACCUGAGCCCCCCCCUCCCUGCCACCCUGACUGCCCACCACAGAGAGAUGUCCAGAAGAAAACAGCGUAAUCCCAGGCACAUUAAACGUGCACUCGGUGAAAUGGAAGAGACGGAGGAAAGUUUGGGAUUUGAGUUGAACUCUUCUGAAAAGGACGGAUCCAUUUCUGACAUGGAAGAAUUAGCAGACUGUGAUUCUUCGAGCCCAUCUUUCAGCGACGUACCGGAAGCAGAAGGAGAGCCGAGCAGCUCUGUGCCGCAGGCUUCCGAUCAGGAGAUGGGUGAAGAGGAGCCACUGGAGAACCUGCGUGAAGAGGCCACACCCCCCUGCAGCUCAGAGGCCGAGAGCGCGGAGGUGGAAGACAGCGUGAACUACAAAGAAUCGGAGACUGCCGACAGCACAGAGGAUGCAGUGGAGCCUCAUCCGUGGAACGGUCCAGAUGAACUGGUUUUGGAAAAUCCGUCGCCCAGUGGCGUAAGCCGGGUCCGGGCCCAGACUGAACUACCCAAGGGGUUAACCUGGGGCCCCUACAGAGGAACCUUUUCAGGCGCUGCCUCCUCCCCGGACCGGUCAGAAGUGGGCGGCGCUCUCUCACUGGAGGUAGAUGAAGACUGCUGGCUGAAAAAUGUGACUUUCGUCUCUUGUGAGUUCGAAGCCAACUCCGUCCUGUACAGAAAAGGGGACCAGAUCUGGUGUAAGACAUCUCGGGUCAUAGAACAAGGUGACGUGAUCCGGGCCUUCCUAAUGGCUGAGCCCCAAGCCAUCCCUAACUUCAGCAUAAAAGAGGAACCCGGAGAGACCUCACAGGCGAUUGUCCCCCAACCCGAGUUCCAGCUCCUCCCUCAGCAAGCUGGCAUGGCGGCCAUCCUGGCCACUGCGGUGAUUAACAAGGACAUAUUUCCCUGCAAGGAUUGCGGCAUCUGGUACCGCAGCGAGCGCAAUCUGCAGGCUCAUCUCAUGUACUACUGCGCCAGCCGUCAGAGCUCCACCUCCCCCACCUUGGACGAGAAGCCCAAAGACUCCUACCCCAACGAGCGGGUCUGCCCCUUUCCCCAGUGCAAGAAGAGCUGCCCCAGUGCCAGCUCCCUGGAGAUUCACAUGAGGAGCCACAGCGUCCCUAAACCAUCUCCUGCUAGAACAGAGCCUUGGGGGCACGCUGCACAUGCUCAGUUUGGAGAACGACCAUUUGUGUGCUUGAUCUGCCUGUCCGCCUUCACCACCAAGGCCAACUGUGAGCGCCACCUGAAGGUCCACACCGACACCUUGAAUGGCGUGUGCCAUGGAUGCGGCUUCAUCUCCACCACCCGAGACAUUCUGUACAGCCACCUGGUGACCAAUCACAUGAUCUGCCAGCCUGGGUCAAAGGUUGAAGUGUACCCAGUCGUGAAAACGCUGCCUGCAGCCAAGCCAUCGAACUCCGGGGUAAAUCAAAUCUCCAGCCUUCUGAAGUGCAGCUUAUGUGGAUUCUUGGCCGACAGCCUUGCCAGUCUCCAACAGCAUGCAAUCAUGCACGCUACUGCCUCUCUCCCAGGCCUUUCCCGGUCCUCCAAGUCCCCAUCUGAUGCAGAGAAGCAGCUGUCUCCCGAUAGCUUGAAAAAUGGAGAUGCUAAAUCGCCGGUCUCCUCCUCUUCCUCAGGCAUGGAUGAUCCUCCUCUGAAAGUCCACAUUAAAGAGGAACCAGAUGCCCCAAGACCAGUCAGCGAAGCCGUUUCCACCAGCCCUGAGGCUAGAGAUGAAUCUGCUCUGGUUCCCUCUCCAGCUGUUAAAAUUAAGACUGAGAUCUCCAGUCCCACCCCGGGCUCAAGCCCUGUCCCCAAUGAAUUGGGAGCAGCCGCUAGCGGGGGGACAAUCAUAGUGCCUCAGUAUAUGUUUGGACACGAGGCAGCUCCCGCUAUCGUCCCGCAAGCCUCAGAGAUCCUUGCCAAGAUGUCCGAGUUGGUACACAGCCGCCUGAAACAAGGACAAGCCAUCACUUCUGUUGGCUUUACGGGAACUCCGGCACCCAAAGGCGCUACUUGUUACGAGUGCGAGAUUACGUUUAAUAACAUCAACAACUACUAUGUGCACAAAAGACUUUACUGCUCUGGGCGGCACGUGUCAGAUGAAAAUCCAGGCAGCGGGCGGAAGGUGAAGGUGCACCCAGUGCGAGCCGCCAUAGCUCCUGCAAUGUCAGCGGUUGAUGAGCAGCGAGUGAGUCCACAACAACAAGAAGACACUGCAGGGGAAAGCAGCACUUCAACUGUACAGAUAAAAGUAGAGGAAGGCGCCGGAACAGAAAACGAAGCAUCCGGCAGCGGCCACGCGAGUGAGGGGAGCCAGAGCCCUGGUCUGCAGGAAGACGCAGAGGAAGACCUAACACGCACUGUUUGUGAAGCUUGCAACAUCCGUUUCAGCAAACAUGAGACUUAUGUAGUGCACAAGCGCUUCUACUGCGCGUCACGUCACGAUCCUCCUCUCCGGCGCAGCGGAGUGAUCAACAAGGCCGGGCCACCAUACACACCGCAGCCUGCUCCACGAACGCGGAAACGCCGAAAGCUGUAUGAAAUUCAUGGCGUAUCCCCUGCAGACCUAACUUCUCCGGCGUUGCUCCCGCUGACCCGGGUGGAGGCUCUUCCUCUCAUGCCAGGGCUGAUAGCAGCACCAACUGUACCCUCACCCAGCUCCAGCCCAGAUGUGGCAGAGGGGCCCAUCGAUCUAAGUAAAAAGCCACGCCUUUCUGUGGAGUCUUCUUUGCCGCUGCCAGCUGCUGCAACAGUCGUCCCUCUGACAGAUUACCAUGAGUGCACGGCUUGUCAGAUCAGCUUCAACAGCCUGGAAAGCUAUCUAGCUCACAAGAAGUUCUCCUGCCCAGUGGCCCCUUUACAACAGAAAGCCUUACAGCAACUUCAGAAAAUGAAGUCCCCCCUCAAUGCCUCAGGGAAGAUCGGAGAGGAUGGUGUGAGGAUCAAAGUAGAGCGGAGAGCAACUCUGAGUCCAGGAUCUGGGAGUGACUCCAUCCAGCCAGUUGCACUUCCCUUUAUCACUGUUGCUGACACAAAACCACUGCAGCAGUACACAACCAGCUCAGUUGAGGGUUCCCCGUCUGCUUCUACCACCACCUGUCCCUAUUGCCCUCCUAAUGUGGUUAUCAGAGGAGACCUUCUCGAACAUUUCCGAAGCGUUCAUGGUCUGCUGUUGGCCAAACCCACCCCAGGUCACCGUUUACAAACAGCGUUCAUGGAGCUGCUGCUGCCUGCUCGGGUUCAGCAGAGCAGCUCGUCUGAGAAUAGCUUGCCUAGCCCACCCACCUCAUCCACUUCUCCCCUGCAAGGCCAAGGGCUACCAAGAGACACUGUGAACUGUAAAGAUGCUGUCACCUCAUCCUCUUCUUCAUCCUCCUCUAAUGGCAGCCCUGUUUCAAGCACCACUCCGCGGCCAGUGCUCACCAGCACCACGAGGCCUCUGUUGCCAAGCUCUCCAGCUCUUCCUCUAAACCCUUUGGCUGAAACCAGGCUGCCUACACACUCUAUUCUUCCUGGGGAUAAACCCAUGCAGCCUCCUAAAGCCAGUCUGGCUUCUGCUCUGCCCAAUGGAAAUCACAGGUUCUGUCGACUUUGCAACAUCAAGUUCAGCAGCCUUUCCACAUUCAUAGCCCACAAAAAGUACUACUGUUCUUCCCACGCAGCUGAACAUGUCAAAUAGCAUUGGGGAACAUUUUUUGUUGUUGCAAGAAGUAGUUUUUAAAGCACUAAGCGGUCUGAGCAGUUCGAAGGACCAUUUUGUUUUUGUGUGGUUUGUACGGUCUAUAAGAAGCCAAUGAGAAACAUUGUUCCGGUGUGAAAAGGGACGCUGCCCGAAACAUGGGCUAGUCUGCUGCCACUGCUAUGGCAUGAUGAAAACGGGACACAAUGGCUGUGGAGGCCCAGAACCCAUCCAGAGACCCUGUGGAGGUCACUAGGACCCACCAGUUGACCCUUUUGGUAGGUUUUCCUCUCCAAGGGUUACGUUCUGGAACCUACCAGCUACUUUGUAAAUGGCUGAAGAUUUGCACUACGAAAAAAAGAGUGCAAAAAAAAAAAAAACUAAACGUUAUUUAGCAAAAUUCUCAUUUAUCAAGCACAAUUUAAAAAAAAACUGUUACACAAAAUGAAAAACUUUGAAGGCAACUGACUGUCUUUGUUACAGGGCUGGGGAAGGGAUAACUUUUUUAGUAAGUUAUUUUUGACUCGUAUUUAAAACCUCAUCUUCUGUUGCUUUUUUUUUUUUUGUUAUUUUGUAGCAAAACUAUCACAAAUGUGGAAAAAAAGGUUUGACAGUUUCCAGCAAAAAAUUUUAAUGGACAAAAGAAAAAAAAAAAAAAAGUUUGUUUUCAUUUUUAAGCUUCAAGUUGACAUUGAAGCCCGAAUGUUGGCCCAGAUGGAGGAGUUCGAAUGCAAAUUCUCAGGGCUGAACACCAGACUGUGUUGAGGAAGUCAAAGCGUUUUUCAGCAAGACGCUUUUUCUCUUGGACCUCGAAGGCAAAACGGCAACGCGGGUUCCUAAUGUUUGGCUGUCAGCGUAUCUGUGGGAAAGUCUCACGCAUUUCUUGCUGCUGUAAAACUCUAAGCUAGUUUUAUUUUUUGGGAACUUGCCGCCAAACUCUAAACAUUUUAUCCUCUUAGUAGGUGUUGCCCAUGAGCAAAGAUAGAGCGAUUCAAAAACAAACAUUUUCUAAACCUAAAAACUUUCAGGUGGAAAAAAAAAAAAUGUUGCUUCCCGACACGUGUGCAGAAAUGGUUUUGUCCCUGAGGCAGCGCCAAUAGUCUUCUGUGGCUAAUAGAAUUGCUGGGAUUUUGGAUCAUAACAUCUUCUUGAAAGGUGUAGGGCACUUAAUGAUAACCAGAGGACGCUAUAGAUGAGACGGAAGAGAGAAGCACUAUCUAAUCCAAACACCUUUUACAGUUGCGACUUCAGGUCCCCCCCCCCCCCCCCCCAGGCAAAUAUUUUUUCUAACGGCUGUAUUUUUUACAUGGCAUUAUAUAUGACCAAAACUGGAAAAACCAACUGUGUUUAAGAAAAUAGUCCUUAAAGUAUAUUUAUAUAUUAAUAUAGCUACGGAGAGCACUGAUUCACAAAUAAAACAAAAAACACACAUCGCUGGUGACUAACAAGUGUGUAUAAUUGUGUAUAUAAUAAAGCCGGUGUUUAAUAACUGUU